UCCGGGAAGAGCCUGUUAAAGGCUAGCAAGGAUAAUCUUCGAUUCGAUAAUCGUGUUGUCUCUCGCAACCAUGCUGAAUUAUUUGUGGACGUUAUAAAGAAGGAAAUCCAUAUCAAAGAUCUCUACUCUUUGCACGGAACGUUGCUAAAUGACACCAAGCUGACUUCAGGACUGAAACUAGUCUCAAGUGGUGACAUAGUUGUCCUGGGAGCCACCGUCAAUAGAGGAGAAGUCAAAAUUCUUAUUAGCUAUACAUGGAACGACCCUUCUAAGGCCAUACCUUCCUGUGAACUACCAGCCACAAACACAUAUGCUGUUCCAGAUGACGACGAAGAUAGCGAGGUUCAAAGUGAGAACGGGGGUAGUCAAAUUCUUGACGCAGAACAUGACCCAUCCUUCCAGUGGCAAACGACACCAUUACAGCCAAAGUCAGGCGCGGAUAUCAUAUCCAUCAAGUCAUCUCCAGACCCGGCCGAGCGCGAGGCAGAUAUCUCCUCCACGCGCGCCUGUCGCGAUAGCGCCACAGGCCCUUGGUUUUCACGUGCCCCCUAUCCUGCCGGAGAAAGGCCAUUCGGCCUGCGGCCUUACAUUCAAUCUCAUUCAACAGGCCGCCCUCCAGUCGACAACAUCCCGGAUAUAAAUUAUCAGUGCCAUGUUCCGUUCUUAGGGAGACAGCCCCUUACAUUCACCGAGAUACAUGACCCGUUUCGACGUCAACUCUCUCAUCUGAAUACAUAUGGACUUCCAUUGCAGCCGGCUCCCACCCGGAAUGAGCCAUCUCAUAACUCUCUAACGAAGGAGAAUCUAGAUAAACUUGCUAAGAAAACAACCACAAAACAAGUUGGCCCCACUCCAUCAUCACCAACUAGCUCCCACGCUUGUGGUACCAAGCGUAAGUUUGAUGACUUAUGUGCUGCUGAGGCCAUAGACGGCGAAAUUCUCCCUGAUGCCCAACCUCAAGAGAACCUCCCAGUCAAUAAUACAACUGAGGAAAUUGAGUACAAUCCUCCACAGAAGCGAGCGAAAUCUUCCAAUGCCGAGCAGCCUUCUCGUAUUGCGGUUUUUGCUCGCUAUGCUGCUACAGCUAUCACUGGGGCCGUUUUAGGUGGAGUCGGGACUGUUGUUGCUCUUGCUUCCCUACCUCCAGGUUUCUUUGAUUAA